AUGUCAGUGAGCGACGGUGAGGACGCCUUCCCCAGUCACAGCGGGCCGGACCCGCUGGCCCUGCAGCCCACCUGCCCCAUCUGCCUGCAGCUGUUCUCCCGGCCCGUGUCCCUGCCCUGCGGCCACGUCUACUGCCUCGGCUGCCUUCAGACCAUGGGGGAGGGCCUCGACCAGCACCGCUGCCCCGAGUGCCACGCGCAGUACCGGGACCGCGACCUGGUGGAACGCUGCCGCGCGCCGCGCGCCGUGGAGGCGGCCGAGAGGUCGGAGAGACCGGACGCGACCCCGAAACAGGGCGCCGCGGCCGCAGAACCAAGAGCCAGACCCAAAGUGGAAAUGGAUGAACCCAAAUUCAGACUGGCGUCCGAGGUGACGGAGUUGACGCUCAGGCUGGAAAUGGCGGAGGCCGCUCUGAAGAAGGAGAAGCAGUGGGAGGUGGAGGUGGCCGCGGCCAACGCUCAGCUCAGAGAGAGGACGUCCGGGCUGUUGCAGCAGAUGAAGGGUCUGUCCGAGAGCUACAGCACCAGGAUGGUGCAGAUGGUGGAGGAGGAGCUGGGGCCCGGCGAGGCGGGCGUCCGCGGCAGAGUCCGCCAGGCCUCCGAGCUGACCAGGCAGCUGAGGCGCGCCGUGCUGAGGGCCGAGUCCCUGCUGACCGAGGACGACGGGGCCGCGUUCGCCGACGAGCUUCGGACCCUGCAACCAGACAUCCAGGCGUUACUGGCAAAACCGCUGGGAGACGAGCGGGAGCCCAUGGAGUCGAGGGUGAACCCGGCCAGAGCUUGCUCCAAGCUGGAGGACAUGAACGCCGAGCUGAGGGAGAGGCUUGGGGAAAUACAGCGCUCCCUCCGGAGCACCCUCAACCCCUCGGAGGUGACCUUUGACCCGGAGACAGCCCAUCCCAACCUGGUUCUGUCCGAGGACCUGAAGACGGUGACGUUCAGCGCUGCCAAGCAGCCCUACCCCUCCCGCCCACAGAGGUUCACCAGCUUCUUCCAAGUCCUCAGCGCUCAGAGCUUCUCUGAGGGGGACCACAGCUGGGAGGUGGAGCUCGACGGCUCUCCGUGGAUCGUCGGCGUUUGCCACGGCAGCCAGGUGCCUCGCAGCGGCCUCCCCUCGGCUCUGGAGAGCAGCCGGGGCUCCUGGUGCCUGAUGUGGUUCAACAACCGGCUGACGGCCUUCGAGCGGGGCCACGACGUGCCGCUGAAGAGGACCACGGUGUCGCGCAGGCUAGAGAUGAGGCUGAGCUUCAAGACCCAUCGGCUCAGUUUCUACGACAUCAGCCCCGUCAGCGGGAAGACGCACGUGUACACGUUUAAGGCCAAUCUGACUGAACCGGUGCACCUGGCCUACAGGAUGAUGUCAGGGCACCCAAAGGCUCGUGUGACUAUUUAUUCAUAGUGAUAGCUGCAUUUCUGUAGGUCUAUAAUUACCUAUACACAAAUGGACUCCCUGUGAGUGCUAAGCAUCAUUAAUAUGUAGUAGUUUUGAGAGAAGGUGUACUUACAGACCACCAGUGCAAAGAAACAGGACUGAUGUAUAAUAUUUUUAAAUGCAAUGGUCAAAAUAAAGUGGCCAUAUAUAUUAAUAUUGUAUCUGUAGGGUGCAUAGUGUGCAUAUUAAAAUAAAGCAAAAUGCCUAAAUGAUGAAAAAUACAAAUGGAGUUUUACU